AUGGGUUGCUGUCUCAGCACCACCAAAACCCCCCGGGACCACCACUACAAACCCGGCUCCACAACCCACCAGAGGCUUCCGGUGAAGUCUCCGUUGCCUGAACCCGAUCUGACCCAUGUCAGGGACAACAGAGAUCCACCACCACCGGUAGAAGAUGAAUUCGAGUCCGUCAAAGAGGUCCUCUCUGAAACACCCUUUGUUCCCAAACCGCAAAACCCAGUUCCAGUUGAAGAUGAAGCAGAAAUAGAAGAAGAGAAGAAGACCCAAGUGGCCGUUGAAACAAAGGGUCUGAUCAAUGUGCUUCACAAAGCUCAGAACGAGGUCUCUGAAGCUUCUCAGAUAUCAGAGAGCUUCACAUUAUCGACAACCACCACUGCUACUACCAUUACUGUUACUGAGAAGAAGGAAGAAGACGAAGCAACCAGUAAAUGUAGCAGAGAAGCGAGGGUACCCAGAAAGCGUCCGUACACCGGCGAUCUCGCCGGAAGGAGAGAGCGUGCAGCCAAGUCUCCGGCGAGGAGAGCAGAGCCGUCGCCGGAGAAGAGAAGGUCUCAGGGAAGGGGAAUGGGUGACGUCAGGAGCAGGAGGCUUAACAUGGGGACCCCCGCCGGAGUCCGGCGAGAUUCAGGCGAGGGAUCUGGUCGGCGGUCGAGGUCACCGGCUACCAGGACAGCCGGUGGAGUUGGAAGGGGUGGAGUGGGGAGAAGUCCAGGGAAGGGGACUGGAAGAGCCGGUAGCCGUUCACUGGACUCUGGGUUGCAGCAGCAGAGUAGCACUAGUACUACCACUACUACUGAUCAGGGUAAAGAGGAAUUAAACGAAGGCGUUUCGAAGGAGGGAAAUGAAUCUCUUGACAACCCACUUGUUUCGUUAGAGUGCUUCAUCUUUCUGUAG